AUGGAUUCAAGGGUUUCUGUGCUGUCGCCAUAUUCCCCCUCCUACGCCGACGACGAAUCCGCGUCCAAAGCCUGUGCAGCUUGCAGAUUUCGCCGCCAGAAGUGCAAGGGCGACUGCCUUCUCGCCCCGUUUUUCCCUGCGGCAGACAAAAGUAGAUUCCAAAAGGCUCACCGUCUGUUCGGCGUCAGCAAGAUGAAGAAGAUCUUGGAGUCCCUCCUCCCCCAUCAACGUGCCGUCGCCAUGGCGACCAUGAUUUACGAGUCAGAGGUCCACGCCGCCAGCCCGGACACAGGAUGUCUCGACAUCAUCCUCCAAUUGCACAGUCAGAUCGAGUGA